AUGAAAAAUUGCACUGCAUUUCAUGAAUUUGAUUGUGCAAGGCAAUACUAUAGAUAUCAGAAGAAAAGAUAUAUGAAUAACAUUAACAUAUACAUGGAAAAUCGAUAAAUUCAUUAUUUAUAAUCUAAAAGGACGAUAAAUUAUUCACAUAGAUAAAAUUUAAACCAUUUCAAAGUAAUAAAGAAAAGUAUUUGAAGUAUCAUUGUACAAGGGAUUAAAGAUAAUAUGUGAAGGUUCAAAUUUCCUAAUCCUACUAACAAUUGCCCUAUUUGAACAAUACAGCUUUCUUCUGAUCGAUAAUUAUUUAAACAUAUAUGUAAAAGACAUAGCAGAAAACCUAUACAUACAAUAAAGUUACUCCUAUUCUGUAUUAUGCUUUAGUUUAAAUGGUAAUAAAAUUGAC